UCUGUUGUAUUACGUUCGCGCGAUCAGAAGCAGUUUUCAAACUAGUAUCAAUUUUUAGUGAACUUAUCCAUCAGUCAUUAAUUUUAAUCUUUUAUAUGUAUACAUAAUAUUAUUUGUUGUUUCGGUUCGGCUAUGUACAUAUAAAUAAGGAAAAAAAUUGUUUAUUGAGAAAUAGUGAUAUGGAUCCUCAAGUCGACAAUGAAGCAUCAAAAGAUCCAGCAGCAGACCAUAAAAUAAAACUCCCUUUCGAUGAAAAAGAUUUUGAAGGUCACCGGGCACAUAGCGUCUUUAUCGGUGUUCACAUACCCGUCGGCAGACGGCAUUCACACCGUCGCCAUCAUCAUCGUCAUCGCAGCCCCGGUAAAGCUGGGAUCACCAAUACUUCCGGCACUCACGAAGAAAGUAGGCCCAGCACACCACCAUCUCAAAGGGUCCAAUUUAUCUUAGGCGAGGAGGCAAAUAACGAAAAACAUGAAAUCCACCCUCUUUUCUCCGAGAUGGAUGAACUUGUCAUUGACGGCGAAGAAAUGGAAUGGAAAGAAACCGCCAGAUGGAUAAAGUUCGAAGAAGAUGUAGAAGAAGGUGGCAACAGAUGGUCGAAACCACAUGUGGCGACAUUAUCCUUACAUUCCUUGUUCGAAUUAAGAAGUCUACUCUUAAAUGGUACAGUCAUUCUUGAUAUGGAAGCUACGUCGAUAGAACAGAUCACCGAUUUGGUCAUGGACAACAUGAUCAAUAAUAACAGUUUGCCUUUUGAUAAGAAAGGAAAGGUUAAAGAAACUUUAUUGAAGAGGCAUAGACAUCAGCAUCAAAGGAAACAUCACGGACUACCGUUUAUUAGAUCGUUUAAUGAAAUGAAAAAUCAUUCUUCUUCAAAAAAUAACAAUAAUUGCCUGUUGUGUAUAAGACCUCCACCAAAGAGAAAAGAAUCCUUAGAUAUGGAUAACUUUAUAUUAUCUAAAAAGAUUGGUUCACAUAUUUCUGUAACAGGAACAGAGAAGGUACCUUCCAUAAAGAAGAGUGCAAGUUAUGUUUCGAUUACUAGGAACCACAGUUCUGGUGAUUUAUUGGAGGUUCAGCACAAUCUGGCUUUUAUGAAAAAGAUACCACCAGGUGCAGAAGCAAGUAACAUUUUAGUGGGAGAGGUUCCUUUCUUGGAAAAGACAUUGUCUGCUUUCAUCAGACUCGACAAUGCCAUCAUUCUUAGUGAUUUGACUGAAGUACCAGUACCAACCAGAUUUCUUUUCAUUCUACUUGGUCCUUCCACAGCAACUGCAGGUUACCACGAAAUCGGUCGUGCCAUGGCAACGCUAAUGUCAGAUGAAGUGUUUCACGAGGUUGCCUAUAGAGCCAGUAAUCGUAGCCACCUGUUAGCAGGAAUAGAUGAAUUUCUUGAUGCAGUAACAGUAUUACCCCCCGGAGAAUGGGACCCAGCCAUCAGAAUAGAACCUCCAGCAGCGAUCCCCUCUCAAGAUGCUCGUAAGCGACCGCCUGAAAAAUUAGUUGAAGAAGUUGAUGAAGAAGAGGAAGAACAAAGGCAACGAGAAGAAUCUGGACUAUCUAGAACCGGGACGCUUUUCGGGGGCCUAAUGAAUGAUAUUAAAAGAAAAACUCCUUUUUAUUUCUCAGAUUUUAAAGAUGCCCUAGCUCUACAAUGUAUAGCUUCAUGGAUUUUUUUAUAUUUUGCCUGCUUAUCUCCCAUAAUUACGUUCGGGGGACUUCUGUCAGAAGCAACGGGUAAAAAUAUGGCAGCGAUGGAAUCUUUAGUAUCUGGAUUCGUGUGUGGGAUUGGUUAUGGAUUCUUUUCGGGGCAACCUUUAACAAUUCUUGGAUCUACCGGACCAGUAUUAGUAUUUGAAACGAUAGUUUAUGAAUUUUGUAAAACAAUGCAAUGGGACUAUAUGUCGUUUAGAUUUUGGAUAGGAACGUGGAUAGCAAUAAUUUUAAUGAUUUUAGUCGCCAUCGAUGCUAGUGCAUUUGUAUGUUAUAUUACCAGAUUCACUGAAGAAAAUUUCGCUACGCUUAUUGCGUUUAUAUUUAUUUACAAGGCUGUUGAAAAUGUUUGGGCAAUAGGAAAGAAAUAUCCCCUAUAUGUCGAAAUUCCCCCAAAUACUCCACCCCCAGAAUGUCAAUGUGUAUGGAACACUAGUGCACCUGUUUUACCAGAAUUAUCUAAUGCAUCUACUGUGAAUCAAACUUUAUGUUUGCAACUCAAUGGAACGCUUUCAGCAGGAUGUUUUACACCACCAUACACUCCUGAUAUAUUUUUAAUGUCAAUUUUGUUGUUCCUGGGAACUUUUGUGAUAUCUAUUCAUUUAAAGGAUUUUAAAAAUGCUCUCUUUUUUCCUUCUAAAGUACGUCAAUUCAUAAGUGACUUUGCUGUAAUCAUAGCAAUAUCGGCGAUGACCCUUUUGGAUGUAAUUGUCGGCAUUUCUACACCAAAACUGGAAGUACCUCAUGAAUUUAAACCCACGCUACCAGGCAGAGGGUGGAUAAUUUCUCCAUUUAACCAUAAUCCUAUUUACUCGAUAUUCGUUGCUAUACCUCCAGCGCUUCUUGGUACUAUUUUGAUAUUUAUGGAUCAACAAAUCACUGCAGUUAUCGUUAACAGAAAAGAGUUUAAAUUAAAAAAAGGUUGUGGAUAUCAUUUGGAUCUCUUCGUUCUCUCUAUUCUAAUUGAAAUAUGUUCUAUAAUGGGCCUUCCUUGGUUUGUUGCCGCAACUGUACUUUCUCUGACUCAUGUUCAUUCUUUGAAAAUGGAAUCGGAGUGUGCUGCACCUGGAGACAAACCUCAGUUUUUGGGAGUGAGGGAGCAGAGAGUUACCCAUAUUUUAAUAUUUUUGUCGAUAGGUCUCUCUGUGUUUUUGACACCAAUGUUGGGACACAUUCCAAUGCCAGUAUUAUUUGGAGUAUUUUUAUAUAUGGGUAUUUCGUCUUUGAAAGGAUUGCAAUUUUUUGACAGGAUCCUUAUUAUGUUCAUGCCAAAUAAAUAUCAACCGGAUUAUAUGUUCCUGAGACAAGUUCCAAUUAAGAAAGUCCAUAUAUUUACCCUUAUACAACUGGCUUGCCUGUCAUGUCUGUGGAUGGUAAAAUCAUUUAGUCAAACGUCAAUUUUGUUCCCACUGAUGUUGGUGGUCAUGAUAGGCAUAAGAAAGUCCUUAGAUUGUAUAUUCACGAGACGUGAACUAAAGAUAUUGGAUGAUGUUAUGCCAGAGAACAACAAAAGACGCCAACUGGAAGAUGAAGAGGUGGGCUGCUGUAAUAUUUCUAGAAUAAUUUUAGGACCAAAAUUAAUAAUGCAAAAAGAUUACAUAAAGUGUAAUCAGAACACUUGGGAAGGGUAAUAAUUCCUGUUUUAUCAGAUCUAGCAAAUUUGCUCGCCGUUACUAGAGUAGCUGACCCAAUUAUCAAAUGUUCCUAUCAGGAAUUUUUCUUCCUGUUUCCCUAUUUCUACAAGUAAAAGCGAGUAUUUAUUUCAUAUAAAAUCGGGUUUAAAGGUGUUGGAUAUUAAAUAGUCAGUUUGUCAGAAUUAAAAGAAAAUCGAAAAUAUUCGUAAACCAAAUUAUAUAUUUAGCAAAACUUUAGAUCAAAUUAAAAGAUAGUGAUCCCUACAAGCUACCAUUUUUACGAAGGUGAUUAUUUGCUGGCCAAAUUAUAUAUAAGACUCUGUUUUGUAAACAUAUUUUAGUAUCAAAAACAAACAUCAAUGUACUGAGAAUACCUUUAAUUUAAAAAAUAUGUUUUACCAAAUUUAUAGGAUUAUUCAAAAUAGAUUGAACAAAAGCAAGUAAACAGUAUUUAUAUUUCUACAUAAUUAUACUUCUAUAAUGUUUUUGUAAAAUAUUCAAAAUUCUUUUUCAGAAUAUUUCUGGAUAAUUUAUUUUUAUUAUAUCAAAAUUUGUAGAAAUAUUUUUCGAAAUGUUAGUACUAAACCAAAUGUUCCAUUCCAGACGUUAAAAAUGACAUAAAAUAUGUUCGUAACAUAUUAUAAAUGUGCAUACUUAAAUCAGGAUAUUUGUGUUUUCUAUGCAACAUAUUUUUUAAUCUUUUCUUUAUACUUCUUAACAGCUAUAUAUAUUCUUUAUACUUCUUAACAGCUAUAGGGUUAUAUUCUUUAUUUUAAUGUUUAUUUUUUUACUACGAAUUUAAUAUUACACACCUUUUAACUAAAUGUGAUUAUAAAUUAUUAUCAUUUAUUGAAGUAUCUAUUUGUACCUAAAAAGUCUUGCAGUAUAGUGCCUUUACGUAAGCAUAAAAAGAAGUAUACUCUUUUUUCCAGACGAUUUUGACUAUUUUCUUCAGAAAAUACUUCCUUUUGGUAUGCAUAAAAAUUUUAGUCGGUAGAUUAAUAAUAAUUUGUUAAAAUUGAAUUAAUAAAUUGAAUGGGGUUCGGAAAAGACGAUGAAAAUUUUUAAGGGAUGAGUUUACAUAAAAAAAACUGCAGGCUUUGGAAUAUAGUAUCGAAAUAACAAAUAUGGUUUUCACAUUUGUCUUGCACUAUUUAUUUACUUAUUUUAAAAAUAAUCAGUUUUCUUUGAAUAAAAACUAUAAAAAUCUUUAAAAAAAUGAUAUCACAAACUAUUAAAAAUGGGAUAAGAAAAAUCUUCAAAAUAUUGUCUAUAUUCUUUUAUUUAUCGAAGAACCUUUUCUACAUGCGAGAUGUUGACAGCAAUAACAUGCUAGCCUGUUAGGCUACAUGUAGGCAACAUUUUAUACAUUUAAUGUAUAACAUUUAAAUUUUAUAUUACAAUAAUCCAAGUACUUAUACAGUAUUUAUGAAUUUUGAUUUAAAAAUAAAUAUUCUUUAUUAUUUUUAUUUUAAAACUAAUUUUGUAUUUCGUUUUUGUCUUAGGCCAAAAAAUAUUUAUUUUCUUUACAAAGGUUGUAACUAAAACCUUCUUGGCAAUAACAGACGUUAAAAAAGUAAGUUAACAACAAUAUAGUUUUUUAAUAAUUCAAUAUUAUCUAAAUACAACAAAAAAUGAACUAUCAAGUAUUUGUUAGUAUUAUUGAAGAUCACAUUUUAAAAAUAUCGGGCGACCCAUGACAUAGGAACAGAAGGGAGUUUGGUUAUUUAAGGUCUUUUUUUGUAUUUGAAGACAUAUUUUAAUAUGAACCUUUCUCCUAUAUUUUUUUUUGUAGUAUCAUACCUUAAAAUUUCUCAUCGUCAUUUUAAAGUUACUCGGUUGACACUGGUGACCGUAUGCCUAUGCGAAAUAUAAAAAUAAAAGCCGCGAAAUGCGCCACAGUUACAUACGACUGCAGAGAACUAUCGCCUCACACAAGCGGAAUGUACUGAGAAUUCUCUGGCGGAUUCAGCUAUUUAGGUCAAUCUGUAGAUGGUGAUAAGGUAAAUGUACAUCAUCCUCAAAAUGACACAUAUUACUAAUCUAUAAAAUCUUUUAAAAAUGUUAUUUUUUCUACUGAAAAAUAUUAAAAUAUUUAUUGUUUAUAAACUACAUUUUAUGAAGUAGGUAAGCGCAAAUAUUGGAAGAAUAACAUAGUCUUCCAGAAAUUAUUUUAAUUAUAAGUAGGCUUUUGAAGAUGAAGUAAAUACAAAUAUAAGCAAAAUAUUUUGCGUAUGAAAGGAAGUACUUACUUGAAAAUCUAAAUAAGCCAUCAUGGUAAAUGUUUUUAGUAAAAUGCUUCUUUUUAAUGCAUAAAUUGUCAAUGUGUUGAACUAGGUUAUAAAAUAGAGUGGUAAUAAUUAAAUUAUGCCCACGAGUUGUUAUAAAAAAAGAAGCUACUGCUGGGAAAAAUUUUGUUAUAAUAUUAUGCAUAGUAAAAAGUGAAUUACUACAGAACUUUAAUUAAGUUUUGGUCUCCAUUUGAAUUCUUUAUUUAAUUCAAUUAAAUAAAUAACAGUAACAUCUUUAUAAUCCAAAAGAUCUUCCGUACUAAUUUAUAAACCGAAGAAGUUAUUAAUACGGGUUAACUGAUACCUAAUUCUAUUUACUUACGUAUACAGUGCCAAAAUGUAAAAGUUACAUACUUUAUUAUUUAUAAAAACGUUGUUAAAGAUUUCGAGUUCUUAUAUAUUUUGAAAAGAAUGACUUUUGGUCUCGUUACAAUCCAAUCAGAUUCUUUUCCUAGCCUUCUAAAGUACCAAACAGAGGUUAAUGAUGUCUUCAACGAGCUUAAAAUAUGUGUUUAACUAUAAAGUAUUUCUUCAAUUCGAUAGAAUAUUGCCUGCCACUGGAAUUAACCCACCCGCCUAUCAUUAGAUUGGUUUUUGGACACAUAUAUGUUGUUUCUUUGGGAAAUAGACACACAGGUUAACUAUGGAUGGAGGCUACAGAGAUGCUUUCAAAUAACCCAUAUAUAAUUUGGCCUAUUUCUAUCUCAACUCAUAAUUUGCCAACCACUAUGUAUAAGUAUUCCAAUUACAAUUUAUCUUCAGUCAGUGGUUCGAAUUAGAAAUACUUUAUUCUCAGUAAUACAAAGAUAAAAAUGUUCACACAGUCGUCAGUACUUGCACCCUUAAAUAGUUACAUCUACAUAGAAUACUGGUAAAAUAUACCACAUUUUACAUACAUAAAUCAUAUAAAAUUUAAAAUAUAUAUUAAAAGAUCAUAAGAAUUCGUAAUAUGUAGUAAUAAAGAAACAUCACAAAUAUUAAAAAUAUUAGGUGACAUGUUUUACAUUUACAAAAUAAUCGUUAAUGUGUUAACGUUCGUUUCUAUUUUGUUUAAAUGGUCAAAAAUGAUUAAAACUGGUCAAAAAUGAACAAAAAUUGAAUAAAAACGGUCAAAAAUAGUCAUAAAUGUUCAAAAGUGUUCAAAAAUGUUCAAAAAUGUUCAAAAAUGUUCAAAAAUGUUCAAAAAUGUUCAAAAAUGUUCAAAAAUGUUCAAACAUUUUCAAAAAUGUUCAAAAAUGUUCAAAAAUGUUCAAAAAAUGUUUAAAAAUGUUCAAAAAUGUUAAAAAUGCUUAAAAUGUUCAAAAUUGUUCAAAAAUGUUCAAAAAUGUUCAAAAAUGUUCAAAAAUGUUCAAAAAUGUUCAAAAAUGUUCAAAAAUGUUCAAAAAUGUUCAAAAAUGUUCAAAAAUGUUCAACAAUGUUUGUUUAAAAAUGUUCAGAAAUAUUUAAAAAUUACCAUUUUUACUUGCUGCUUAGUAAAUCGUUUGCAAUUUAAGUGUUUCAAAAUUGAAAUAAUUAGAAUCGUUUCUAUAGCUUUAUAAAGCAAACAUAAUUUAUAAUGUUGCUAAAAUAAGCAAUUUUAACAAGAACAUCGCCAAAAGUGUGGUUAUCUUUUUUUAUUGGGGCAUGAUGAUUCAAAACAUAAUUAAAACUGGGUGAAUUAAACUAUUCUUUUGAUUAAUACCUAGGCAACGCAGAGAAAUCUUCUGGUAAUAUUUUUUUUACUAUUCUGUGUGUCGAAGCAGAGCACAGUGCGCGUGUGCAGUGUAUAGUUAUCAGAACAGAAAGGAGAAUAUAUCGUUGGGCGAACUCAAGUUUACUUUUUAUAAUAAAAACAAAUUGCUGGUUGGCUGAAAUGUCGGGGAAUGCCGUCCAUCUAAGCGAAAAUGUGAUUCACUUCUUCGCAAGUGAUGUUUUUUAUUUUAAUUUAAACGAAACAGGAAUGUUUAUUUUGGUUGGUUUUAAGCUACGUGGCGGAUAAAAUCGACCACAUUGCAUUGUUGGGAAACUUCUUUCAAUUUUAUUUUAACCGUCGUGGUUUUAUUUAAGCCCUCUUUUUUUCUUAUCAAUCGUAAAAUAGGUCAUCGUUAACCCAGCCGUUUUUAAACGUUUUGUAUAUUUAAUUAACUGGUCCAUUUUUCAUAAGUUCAUAUUUCAUACGAGCUCUUCCAAAUAUAAACAUGGGUGGCACAUAAUCCCCUGCCAUACUAAUCGCACAAAUAACAGUUACUACCUUACCUCUUUCACCACUGCUAAGAGCACUAACUUGUUUUUGGCUUUUGAGAGCAAAUACUUGUCCAGGAACAUGUACAUGAGUGACGGCUAUUUCGUCAACAUUGUAUAUUCUGUUUUGCGAAAAGUUGAAUUUCUCUUAUUCUUUUGUAAUAUUAGAAAAAACACAGCAAACUUUUUUGCAUUGAAGACCGUUAUUAUAUUUAGCGAUGUUGGCUCUGGUUUUCUUAAUAAAAUAUUUUUAUUAUUUACCGUAGUAUAUAGAAAGGCAAGUUUCAUUAAUUGCUGCCUAGUUAGCCCAUAAAACAACUUUGACAUCUCGAGGACGUAGUCAUUCAACUCUUUUUCUUGCUCGGCAGUCAAAACAAUGGAUUUAUCCAGUAUCUUUUUAUUUAUUGGAACUUUACCACGAAGACGGUCUUGAAGAGUUAUAUAAGGAAUAUCGUACAUUUUUGCUGCACGUCUUUUACCAAGACCACCUUUAACAGCAUUUAGUGCUCUUUUCAUAUUUUCUAGGUACCAACUUUCCCGUGUUGUUUUACGUGUAUAUUUGAAGGGCAUAAUUAUUUUUAAAAUAGAGAAAUAAAAAUGUUUAAAAUUUUUUCGGGCAAAACCAACCAUGCGGGUAAUACCGACCACCAAGGUCGGCUAUACCCGCCAUGGUAGUCAUUUUUAUUUUGUUAACGAAAAAUUGUGUAUAAGAUUAGGAACGAAAAAAAUGGUUGCUACAUAAUCAUAAGUACUCUUUCAAUAACAAAGUAGAUAAUACGUAUAUUUCAUGUAAUAUUCAAGAAGACAUACCUAUUUCUAAUGUUAACAAUAUUAUUAAAAAUACACAAAAACACGUUUAUUCACUUUAAUGGCCGACUGCACGUAGGUUGCCGGGACACGAGAUGUCAAGUAUAUUAGGUGGGGAGCUCGUUGACGCAUAUUUUAAGUAAGAAACAGCGUGGUCGGUAUUCCCCUCCUGGUCGCUCUUCCCCCCUUUUCCUUAUAGCUAGGGGCAAUGCAAACUAACAAAAAAAAACUUUUCUCUGAAAAAUAGGUACUACUUUUUUUUAUAUUUCUACCCUUAUUUAAAUCUAACAUUUUUAGAUCAAACACAUACAAACGGUUUGGGAAGUAGUUGAAUAAACAUGAAAUACAAACAAUAUGGUGUAGGUACAUUGUAAAAUGACAUUUAGUAACAUGUCAAUUUAGUUUCAGAGAACAAAAUAGUGAGUUCAGCAAUUUUUUUAAAUCAAACUAAACUAAAAAUAAUAAAACUACUUUGCUAGUUUCGUUUCUUGUUUAUGUCUUGUUAUACAUACGAUAAAUUAUGGAGAAUAGCACGUGUUAAAAACAUGUACAGGGUGGUUGCUAAGUUACGAGUUAGGAAGAAAUAAGCAAAAUGGAUAAAAAAAACCCUAUUAAAAAUAGGUUAUUUGGAAGCACCUCAAUGGGCUUCAUUCACAGUUAACAUGUGUCUCUUUUCCAAUGAAACAUCGUGUCUAGGAGGAGUUGUAUUGGAGAAAUUUGUGAAUUUGUUGAAGUUAAAGAUUGAUUUCUAUUUCCCAAAAUUAGGCAUGUAUAUUUCAAUUUUACUUGAAAUUGAAUUUUAAGUCUAACCUCAGCAUAUUCAUUAUGUCUCAUCGACUUUGACUACCUACUUGUGCAUGGAUUUCGAUUGGAAGCAAGUUUUGAAGCGUGACUGCAGGAGUUAAAAUCUAUUGUUUUCCUUUAAGCUAUUUAGUCACAAAUGAAAAAGCAUCGGCAAUAUUUCUUUCUCUACAGACUUUUGAUCAUUUUGUACUGUGAGUCGCCUUAAUCGAAAUCGGUUAGUUCUUUUUAUAAAUUGUGUAGUAUGUAAUUUUUGACCUUCCAUGAAAAACAAAUUAAAACUUAUCAUCUAUACACAAAAUAUAUCAUGUAGUGUAGUAUUUCAUCUGCAAUCAAAUUUGUUUAAUUAUUGUAAAGUUUAUUUAUUUAUUUUAUUAGCCUUUAUUUAACUCAUUACUCACUAAUACAUAUCAUAAAUGUGAUUUUAGUUAUGAGAUUUUAUCAAUAUAUCUAUAAUUACAAAGUACAAAGUGGAAUUCCUUUAUGUUACUCUUUUUUAAUCGGAUAUUAUUGUUAUUUGUUAAUUAAUAUUUAAAAAAUGUUACAUUUGCUUGAUUAUAUAUCAGUACAUAUUCUUUAUUUGUUUCAUGAAAAGAGCACUACAUAUUUUAUAUUUUUUAAUGAUCGCAUUUCUUCUUUACUUACGAAUCAAAAACUUAAGAAUAAUGUUAACUUCUUUAUUAUAGUUACUUGUAAAAAGUAUCUAAGUUUAAACUACACAUAACCUGAGUAACAAUAUUCUGACUUCCCAAAUUUAUUAAGACACAAUCGGAUUGUGGUUACAAUACUUUUACAUUCGACAAAAAAAAAUAAACUUAAAAAUAACAAAUUAAAUGAAAUUUAUAAAGAAAAACCUUAUUGAAACAUCAGAAAUACUGGAAAAAAUAGGUAAAAUUAAAAAUCAAUACCAAAUUCAAAAUGUUAAACCUAAUAUAUUUGAUUCUACUACUAAAAGUAUUAUAAAAGAUAUUUAAUAAUUUUAUUUUCAUUUACAUUUUCAACAUUCUUCUUGAAAUAAUUGAGAACUAAUAUUCUUUAGAAGUUAACAUAAUUUUAUAUUAUUUAAAAUACAAAAAGUAGUUGACUUUUCAUGAAAAUAAACUAAUUAUUUUUCAAAUUUAUCUGUUUAUAAUAAUUGUUAUGGGAAUUCCAACAUACACAUUCCAUGAGCUUAUUACCAUGUUUUUGUUACCUCUCUUAGUUGUAAAUUUAUUUAUAUUUUAUAAUUAUGUUAUGUUUAUUUCAAUAAAUUAUUAUUCAUUUAUUUAUUUAGUUAUUUUGCUUUGCUCCAAAAAGGUAGGCUCCUAUUUCUUUAGAGAAUCUCUAUAUCAAGAAGCAUGUAUGUUUUUCAGAUGCUUCAAUUUUACGUAGGGAAAUAAAUUUAACACUUUUUCACAUAAAAUGGCAUUUAAUGGAUUUAUACUUUAGAAAAGGAACCUAUCAAAGAAGACC